UCUGGGUUGGUCUGGGCGAAGGAGGAGGCCUAUUUACUUACCUUGUUUAUGUCGAUGUUCGUAGUUUGUUUACAGUAAAGUAAAACAUUCUCUCUGACUUCGAGGCCUGCAAAGGACACAUUUUUAUCCAAUUAUUGCGCGACAGAGAAAAAGCCGCAAACAUGAAAUGGAUGUUUAAAGAGGACCAUUCUCUUGAGCACCGAAGUGUAGAAUCAGCAAAAAUUCGCAACAAAUACCCUGACAGGGUUCCGGUGAUUGUAGAAAAAGUAUCUGGAUCCCAGAUAGUGGAUAUUGACAAGCGUAAAUACUUAGUGCCCUCUGACAUCACGGUGGCUCAGUUCAUGUGGAUCAUUAGGAAACGAAUUCAGCUGCCCUCGGAAAAAGCUAUCUUCCUCUUCGUGGACAAGACUGUGCCGCAGUCCAGCAUAACAAUGGGACAGCUGUACGACAAGGAGAAAGAUGAAGAUGGCUUUUUAUACGUGGCUUACAGUGGCGAGAACACCUUUGGCUUUUAAAACACUUGCCUACACCUAGCGAUACCUAGCCAUCAGCCCGAAUCCUCAAACUCAACGAUCAAGAAAUGUGCUGUGCGAAAAGGAUGAAAAUGAAGCGGUGACGAUAAAGAUAGUGAAUGUGGAUGCACCCAGUUGUUUCAA